CCAGUAGUCUUGGAAUGCGACGAUCUCUAUUAAAAUCACCGAAUAAAAAACCGAAAUGGAACCAAAAGCAAAUGCCGCGACCCAACCCGCUGUGAGUUAAUAAUCUUCCCGUAUAUCAUUCCUCUACAACCGUAAACAGUAAUUGCGGCAACAUCGCCCGCUUCUCUAAGUACGUUCGUCUUAUCACUCGCUUAUCGCUAUCGUAUGAUGCGUUACAUUAUGUAAAUUUUCCUAUACUUAAGUGUAACACGAAUUAGAGAAAUUUAAAACUGCAAACAGCAAACGAGAAAGGCGUCGAUGAAGCAGGUGUAAAUGAGUCGUAAAGGAAAAUGAAGUAAACGAUCGCCAUUUGAAGCGCUCGGUCCCACCUCGUUUGUUCUAAAACGAAAUGGAUACAUGACACCCUUUCAGUAAGUGAAAGUAUGUGCAAGUGUGAUACAUGCAGAGCAGAUAAUGGUGCUCAAAUUGUACUCAUUAGACACGAGUCCUCCAGUACGGGCUGUUUACUUGACAGCCGAAAUUUUGGGUUUGCAGUUAGAACGCAUCCACAUGAGCUUGAUGAAUGAAGAUCAAUUACGACCGGAAUUUGUUAAGCUAAAUCCACAACACACUGUACCCACGCUGGACGAUGACGGCAAAAUUAUUUGGGACAGCCACGCAAUAAUGAUCUAUUUAGUUACCAAGUACAGCAAAGACAGAUCCUUGUACCCGGAAGAUCCAUUCACCCGUGCGGUUAUCCACCAAAAGCAACACUUCGAUUCCGGUUUGGCGUUUCCUGCUUUCAUACGCAUAGUUAAAGCAAAAACCAUUCCGCAGUCCUCCAUCGAUGAGGUUGUUACCGUUUACGAUUUUUUGGAAACUUUCUUAGAGGGGAAGAAUUGGGUCGCUGGAGAUUUUCUAACGUUGGCCGAUUUAAGUUUGCUGCCUACAAUAACAACUUUAGAUUGUUUGGUAGCAAUUGACGAAAAGUACUUGAACAUUAAGGGGUGGAUUCGUCGCUGCUCAACGUUAUCCUGGUACCACGCGAAUAAGAAAGGGUUAGAUGAGUUCCGAAAUCGUAUAAAUAAUUUGUUAGCGUAAAUUGUGUAUGUUAAAUGUGUAGUUACUUGAGAAAUGCAAAUGAACUUAUCACACCGGUUGUCCUUUCACUUCUAUACAGCAAAAUAUACCUACCUUAAUACGUA